AUGGCUAUACAAGCCGAACAUGCGAUAAGCAGCGCAUGCAAGCCCUUCCUCAUACUCGAAUUGCCUACUGAAUCAUCCUAUACUAUCCCAAUGGCAAAUCACUACGAGACCCUGGGGGUCACCCAUAGCGCUACUGCAGACGAAAUUAAAGCCGCAUUCAAGAAGCUGGCACUGGAAAAUCACCCCGACAAGACCCAACAUCUAACAAUAAAUGAGCGCGCAUCUCGUGAGGAGUUCUUCAAGGCUGUACUCAAUGCGUACGAAGUCCUCUCAGAUGCAGCACGUCGUGCGGCGCACGACACGCACUUAGGACCUCGUGGGGUGCACACUCCUUCUCAGUGUGAGCCGAACAUGCAAAGGACGGGACGAGCUCAACCAGCUGCUCCACCGUCACAAGGACGUUCCACGCGGUCAGACCCUCGCUCCCCUCCACUAUGUUCACCAUUCCAGGAAGCUCAGCCUCGUACACCACCCGGACCGAAGUGGCAGGAAGAUAUCUCUAUUCCAGGGAGCAAAUUCACGACCAUAGGCAAGAAGAGGGAAGCUUACUCGGUUCGUGGCUUGCGUGGCCUGGUAGUUACUCACAACCUGCGCCGCGUCAACCCUCGUGGAGUGUAUGCAAAUCUCGGCCAUCCCAUCCACGUGACUAUUCGCAAUGCGCCCGGCAAGAUUGAAAGGAUAUCCGUCUACUUCAAGGAAAUUGGCGACGACAUCACCCUGUCAAUAAACAUACGUGUGACGAACAAUUCCAACGAGCCGCAAGACUCGAAUUGGAAUGUCGAGUUCGAUCUCAACGCUGUGGAAGAUAUGUCUACGAAUUAUAGCUAUACCAAUGCGCUGGCCAUGGCGUUAGAGAUAUAUGAUACCGAUGCCCUGGGUAAGGGUCGGCAGGGAAAGUCAUAUGAUCCCAGGGCGGAGAUUCGCCGGGAUCAUGAUUUUGCUGAAGGGGAUUCGUUCAUACCUUCAAGCAAAUGGCAUACUCCAAAUACGUCUAUUGGCUUGAGGUCGUUCAUCAUUAAAUCGGCGGUUACUUGGUUGCGCGGUCCAAAUUCUGGCCCUGUCAAACGGAGGCCUUGA